AUGCAAAUCAACGACCAAACCACUACACAGCCAAACGGCACUCACACCAAUGGAAUUCCUACCAAUGGAACUCACUCAAAUGGAGUGAAGCCAAACGGCACAUCCAACGGCACACAUCAGAACGGCACAAACCCAAUCCCUAAAGAGCGUGUCGAAGAUUCCAUCAAAAGAGGCAUCGACGUCAAGGUCAUGCGCUACCCCGAGACCGGAAUCAAUGUCCUCAUCGCUGGUGCUGGCCUUGGUGGCAUCACUUGCGCCCUUGAGUGCUGGCGCAAGGGUCACAAUGUCCGAGUCAUUGACAGAAGCCCCGGUCCUGUCUGGACAGGCGACAACGUUCAGAUCCAGCCCUCGGCAAUCCUCCUUCUCCGCCAUUGGCCUGACAUGGGCUAUGAGAUUGAAGAUAACCAGUACGACGUUGCCAUGUCUUACUACAAGCAGACUGGCGAGCGCAUCUGGGGCCCUGCACCACCCAUGUUCAACGACCCCGAGCAUCUUGCUGGCCGAAGAGGAUUUCCUUCGGUCAAUGCCCACAGCCGAAUCAAGCUUUACCGUGCGUUCCUGCGACAAGCUGAGCGUAUCGGAUUGAAGAUUGAAUGGGGCUGCAAGGUUGUCGAGUACUGGGAGGACCUUGAGCAAGGUGCUGGAGGAGUCGUCUUGGAGAAUGGUGAGAAGCGAACUGCCGAUAUUGUUGUCGCGGCCGAUGGCCUACGAACAAAGUCCAACACUAUUGUCCCAGGCAUGCCCAAGGAGCUGAAGACGAGUGGAAAGGCCAUCUACAGGGCUGGCUACCCUGUCGAGCACGCGUUGAAGGACCCGACUGUGAGGGAGAUGUGGAACUUCGAUCCCAACAGCCAGCCCAUCUGGCAGUUUUGGCUUGGCAACGGUGCUCAUGCCAUGAUUGCUCUCACCCACGAUCUUGCUUUCUGGAGCUUCAUCCACUCGCACGCCGAGUCUGCUACCGAGUCCUGGGUCCCAGACAUUGACCCAACUGAGGUUAUCGAAGUUAUGGAGAAGAACGCCGCUGUCCAUCCAGCCAUCGCAGCCUUCAUCAGGACAGCACCUAAGGGGUCCGUUGUCAACUGGCAGCUCAAGUUCAGAGAUCCCCAUGAGCAGUGGACUUCCCCUGGUGGUCGUGUUGUCCAGCUCGGAGAUGCAGCCCACGCUUUCCUCCCAACAUCUGGAAACGGCGCAACCCAAGCCAUCGAAGACGGUGUCACACUGGCUACCUGCCUCCAACUUGCCGGUAAGGCUCAAGCAGCCAACGCAACCAAGGCCUACAACAAGCUUCGCUACCAGAGAGUCUCCUGCGGCCAAAAGAUGGGCUUCGUCAACCAACAACUCAAGCAACACACAGACUGGGACGCUAUCGCCAAGAACCCUGCCCUCGUUCGCUCGCGGUACCCCAAGUGGGUGUGGUCGCACGACCCGGAGGCGUACGCGUACGAAAAGUUUGCUGAGGCACUGCACCACGUUCUGAGCGACGGUGAGGUGCCGCUGAACAACACGAACUAUCCCAAGGGUCACAAGUUUAGGAAGUGGACUAUGCAGGAGGUGCAGGAACAGAUUCAGGCUGGACAGAGUCUAGAGGAGCUUCAGGAUGGAGAUUGGGCUUAG